AUCACAUCACUGAUACCUAACACUAAUAUCUGUCCUUGAGAAGCGAAAGCGCAAGAAAGAAUCAUUCCAUUUUCUUUAUUAUACGUUUUCUUUCACUGUGUAUGAAGUCUUUUUCGUUUCCAAUGUUCGAUAUUUUUGUACCGUGUUUCUGAGUGCACCUGUCCUUGCAUAAUUUGACUGUGCCGAGGACAAGCACUUUAUACUUGAUGCUCCAAUGGCUGAGUAUGGAUCAACCGUUAUAAAAACUGCUCGGAUUGGAGGAGAUUUGGGCCAAACACCAUGGCAGAUGACAGAGAAGUACUCAGAGAACUAUGGGAUGGACGACUGCCAAUCAAAUUCAACCUUGCAGCAGAUGAGGUGGCGAGUAUGGAACACCCUGAACCCUGCUAUCUCCUGGUCCCCAGGCAGUCAUACUUCCCUCUAGUGGCAGACAAGGUGCAGAGAUACUUCCUGAAGUACACGGCUAACUCACAAGGGGAGGAGAUGUGGCUGGAGUAUGAAGGACAACCCCUGAAAUGGCACUACCCAAUAGGAGUAUUGUUUGACCUGCAUGCCUCCAGUACAAUGUUGCCCUGGAGCCUUGUGGUGCAUUUUCAGAAAUUCCCAGAGGAUGAACUUCUUCACUGCCCAGGAAAGGACGCUGUGGAGUCUCACUUCAUGUCAUCAGUGAAGGAGGCUGACACGCUAAAACACCGUGGCCAGGUCAUCAACGGCAUGCAGAAAAAGGACCACAAGCAGCUGUGGAUGGGCCUGCAGAAUGAUAAGUUUGACCAGUUCUGGGCCAUCAACCGUCGUCUGAUGGAGCAUGGUGAGGAGAACUGCUUCAAACAUCUGCCCUUCCGCCUGUACCAGGCCGACAAACCCUGCAUACAGCGCCUCUUCCGACCAAUCACAGAGGAGGGGGAGCAGAGGCUUCUGGGAGAUCUGGUCAGAGAAGUGGCACCACAAGUUUUCAACACUGAAGUAGAGGAUACAUCAGGGAGCUGGAAAGUUGUUAUCCAAGGUGUGGAGCCCCCCAUGGAGACCCCUGUUCAGUGGUUAAGUGAACACUUCAGUUACCCAGACAACUUCUUGCAUAUCUGUCUAGUUAACUCACGGUAGAUAUUUCCAUACUUCAUUAAAUAUUCCUGCCAAGAAAUUUUCUGUUUUCACAGUGAGCUCUUCUGGCAAACUCAUUCCACAGUAAGCGUCAAGGAAAGCUCUUUACAAAAUAUAUAUUUGUUGUAAAUAUGAGUGCCAUUAGAACAUAGUACUGUACAGACAAAGUCUUGUGUUUCUUUUGUCCAAUUUGAUAGUGAAAGGUGCAUAUGGAAGCAUGAAUGGUCUCAAAAUAUUUAUAUAUGUACUGUGAGACCAAAUGCAAGGAAGGGUUUAAUGUUCUUUUGUCCUGUGGCGGAUUUUUUUCUUGUACCAAGUGACACACUCAUAAGGCAUUUGCACAAAUAGAACUUCUAAAGAAAACUAUCUAUUAAGACUUUGAUGUUAUACUGUACCAUUAGAUUAGCAUUUCCUUGUGGAAGAAAUCAUUGGUAUUUGUUAUGAAUUUGAUACAUAUAGACAUGUGAUAUACCCAGUAGAGUAUUAUGAUAUUCUUGAUGUAAUAAAGAUUCUCUCCACCAGA